AUGUCUACGGUGCGGCACCAGCCACCAUAUAACGGCACGAAGUCGCUGCAGGGAGACGGCGCGGCUUUGUGCCGCAGCACGGGGCUGUACGAAACAGUCCUCUCCCUCUCGGACUCGAAAAAUAGGCACAGGGUCAACCUGGAGAAGGAGCGCUCCCGUCAUGCACAAGAAUUGGUGCGAGUCGAGAGGGCCCACAUAGCAGACCUCCAGGAGACCAGAAGAACAGUGGUCAAACAAUUAGACCUAGCUCGCAAUGACAUCAGCGGGACUCUAAAGGAGGCUCAGGCGGUCCGCAACUGGCUCGGCUAUGAGACCGGAGAACCCUUUAGAGCAAUAUACGAAGUCCGAGAGGCCCAAAAAAGGAUGGAGGUCAAGAUAAAGACCACAACCCACACCACGUCCGAACUAGAAACGGACAAGGAAAAAUGGGAGAGGAUGGAAGCAGGGAUCACAGGGCUGCAGUCACAUAUAAUCAGCCUUGGCAAUCAGCUGGACACCCUCAUCGACGACCUCAAAAAGACAAUGUCACAAAAACUGGACAUCAUGUCCUCUGAGGUACAUGCGCUGAGGGACGCUAAGUCCAAGGCCACCUCACCUCCAAGACCGUCCUUAGGUACAGAACUGGCGGUCCAGGAGGUGAAAGAGACCCUUAAUUCAAUAAAAAAGGGAGCAAAGGAGCUCAGUAAGGGAGAAAAACCCUCAAUGAGCCCACUUACAUUCGCACAGACAGCGGUGAAACCAAAAGCUCCUCAGCCCUCUAACCACACCCUGAUCAUCUCCUCCAAAGAUCCAGGAGAGACGAGUGAAAUUGUCAUCACAAAGAUCAGGACCACCCUGGAUCUAAAAAUUACCGGGGCGAGAGUGGACAGCGUCCGAAAGGCCAGGGACCAAAAGGUGUUGUCCCCGGAGGCGUGGAAACGAUUCACGCAAGCGGGAAAAAUAUACGUGGGUUUCGGCAGAUGCUCUGUGGAGGACCAGCCCCCCCUCAUCCAAUGCGCCAAGUGCCUGGGAUACGGGCACACUAAGCAACUAUGCAGGGCGAAAGGUGACACCUGCAGCUACUGCAGUGGCGACCAUACGGGAAAGGACUGCCCCACUAAGAGGAAAGCCGAGCUCCCCGCUGCGUGA